CUCUCUCUCACUCACUCACACUGUUUAUUACUCUCUCUCUCUCGCGUAGGGUUUUAAAGGAAAACAAAACCAAACAAAAAAAACCCCACAAAACCCAAGAACCCAAAAACCUCAUCCUUCUCUAUUUCCUUGUAUCAAACUACCAAAGUUGAGGUCUACUCUGAAACGUGGUGAACUUUCUGAAUGUCAUGCAUACUAUAAAGGGUGGCUGGGUUGGGCGACCAUUUGCCCUAGCUAAAAGCAAUGAAUCUGAACGAAGGAAGACUCGGAUUCGACGUUCCAAGGAAGAGAGGAAAACAAUGGUUGAAUCCUUUAUAAAGAAGUAUCAGAACUUAAACAAUGGGAGUUUUCCAUCACUUAAUCUCACUCAUAAGGAAGUUGGUGGGUCCUUCUACACUGUUCGAGAAAUUGUCCGAGAUGUAAUCCAAGAAAAUAGAGUGCUAGGUCCUGCUAAGUUUUCUCCAGAGGAGCAGAGCAGAAAUCAGUUAUUGGAACAGGAUCCAUUGGGUUCAAUUGCCACAGGACCUCAAUAUCCUUUGACAGCAUUAUCAAAUGACCAUCAGUUCAUUACAAAUCAUUGUGAAGGUAUUGGUGAACCAGUAAUAGAAUAUGAUGCACAUUAUGAGAGAAGUGAACAUCAGAUGUUUGCUAAUGGCGAAAUCAUCAAUGACACUGAGCUGGAUGUGAAAUUGGAAGAAUUCAAUGAAUCAAAGCAUACAACAUUGCAGGGAAGUGAACCAGUAGAAGCAGAAGAGAAUGCUGAUGGAGAAUCUGAUGAGGAAGCAGUUUCAGUUUCAGAUGGGCAAUAUACUGGUUCUGUGCAUCAAAUAAUUGAUAAUGAACUAAUCAUAAAUGGUAAUCAGGUAGAUGUCGAAAAAAGAGAAUCCAAUGAACUGACAGAAAAAGAUCUUGUACUAUCUGAAACAGAUUCGCAGAUGAAUGUAUCUUCCAAAGAAGAGAUUGUUCAAGAAGAAUUGGGAACUUCCAGUGUUAAAGUGACUCCUACAGCAACAGAUGUAAUAGUAGAGACAUUUCCAUUGAGGCCAAUUACUAAGAGAAAUGAUAUCUCGGACAGAGGAAUUAGCGAAAUAAAGGAUACAACUGAUACUUUGAAGAACCAAGAAACCAAAAAGGUGGAUUUAGCAGCUGAUGCCCACAAAUCUCUGAAUGAUAGAAUAAAAUAUUUGGAGCAUUCUGGUGUGGUAGAUGAAAAAGAAGUGGCAACCAAUUCAAGUCCCGUCUUGGAGAAAAACUCUAGUAUAAAGGAUGAGGAAGCAGAGAAAAACCAUGGAGAUCUACUCUUGGAAAGCUCAAAUUUCCCUGCCCCUAAAGAAGGUGCUGGCCAAGAAAUUCAAAGUUACAAAGACUCCGCUGCUAAAGAAUUCCAGAAUCAUGUUAAAUCCUCUGAAACCUUUGAGCAAAGCCAGGCAAAUGCUGGAGCUAAGGAUAUUAGGACUCCAAAUGGCAUUUAUAAAAGGUAUGUUGACAGUAAUGGCAGUAGCAGUGGGCAGUCAAAAACUGAAAAUGUGCCUGUGACUGAAAAUCAGGUUGAAGUUGAUGUUCAUGGUGACAGCAUCAAGAAUGGAAGCAACCCGACUUUAGAUAGAAUUAAUCUUGAAUCAUGGGAUGGGAAAGCUAAAACCUCUGCAAAGCCAGAAGGUAACCCCUUUUUGGCGUUUUUAAGAGUCUGUGUAGCUUCCUUUGUAAAGUUUUGGUCUGAAUGAAGUUCUUAAGGCUGUAACCUUUUUGCAUGUUGUUGUUGCGGAGUAGCAAAGAGAUUUAUACCUGCCAGAGCAAUGUUUGUUGCACUAAGUUUAUGUGGUUUCUUUUGAUUGACUUUUCCAUUUUUAAGAGCUUGGUCAAAUGUCUUUGUUAAUAGUUGGGUGUGGUCUAGUUAUAUUUUUAGAAUUACCUGCUUUUAUAUAGCACCAAUGCAAGUCUCUACAGUAAGAAAAAUACUUUAAUAUGGCUAGUAUUGGAAGCAUUCCUCUAUUGUAUUUUGACUUGUAUCAUGCUGGCAUAUAUUUGGAAUCUAGAUGGUUGGUGGCCAUGAUUAGGACACGGCAUUAGGAACUUGAACUGGAAUUGGGUCAUUCAAUUCCGAUCCUGUUGUAUGGGAAUCCCAAAAGAGUAGGAAUUACAUAUGCCAUCCUAAUCAUAUGAAGGUCAAGAGCGUUUCUGAACUCCAUCUGGUUUCUUACUAGCCUUUGCUUUGAGUUCUUUAUUCAUCAUCUCA